CGCCUCGCCCAGCGGCGAUAGAUUAGUCAAGCCUCAGAAAGAUGGCGUCCUCGGAGCAGGCAGAGCAGCCGAGCCAGCCAAGCUCUACUCCAGGAAGUGAAAAUGUGGCGCCUCGAGAGCCGCUGAUUGCCACGGCGGUGAAGUUUCUACAGAAUUCUCGGGUCCGCCAGAGCCCACUUGCAACCAGGAGAGCAUUCCUUAAGAAGAAAGGGCUGACAGAUGAAGAGAUUGAUUUGGCUUUCCAGCAGUCGGGCACGGCUGCCGAUGAGCCUGCGUCCUUGGGCCCAGCCACACAGGUGGUUCCUGUCCAGCCCCCUCACCUCAUUUCGCAGCCAUACAGCCCUGCAGGUUCCCGGUGGAGAGAUUACAGCGCCUUGGCCAUCAUCAUGGCAGGGAUCGCGUUCGGCUUUCACCAGCUCUACAAGAAAUACCUGCUUCCCCUCAUCAUGGGCGGCCGGGAGGACAGGAAGCAGCUGGAGAGGAUGGAGGCGAGCCUCUCGGAGCUGAGUGGCAGCGUGGCACAGACAGUGACUCAGUUACAGAUGACUUUAGCCUCUGUCCAGGAGCUGCUGGUUCAGCAGCAGCAGAAAGUCCAGGAGCUCGCCAGCGAGCUGGCCGCAGCCAAGGCCACCACAUCCACCAACUGGAUCCUGGAGUCCCAGAACAUCAACGAACUCAAGUCGGAAAUUAACUCCUUGAAAGGGCUGCUUUUAAAUCGGAGGCAAUUCCCACCCUCCCCAUCGGCCCCGAAGAUCCCCUCCUGGCAGAUUCCGGUCAAGUCACCGUCACCCUCUAGUCCCGCGGCCGUGAACCACCACAGCAGCAGUGACAUCUCACCUGUCAGCAACGAGUCCACGUCGUCCUCGCCUGUGAAGGAAGGCCACAGCCCCGAGGGCUCCACGGCCACGUACCACCUGCUGGGCCCCCAGGAGGAGGGCAAGGGGGUGGUGGAUGUCAAGGGCCAGGUGAGGAUGGAGGUGCAGGGCGAGGAGGAGAAGAGGGAGGACGAGGAGGAUGAGGAGGACGAGGACGUGAGCCGCGUGGAUGAGGAGGACUGCCUAGGGGUGCAGAGGGAGGACCGCCGGGGUGGGGACGGGCAGAUCAACGAGCAGGUGGAGAAGCUGCGGCGGCCCGAGGGUGCCAGCAACGAGAGUGAGCGCGACUAGGCAGCCGGGGUCGUGGUCCAGGUGCGGGACGUGGCCUUGAGCUGGGUGGCGGCAGGGCUGCUGCAGCCUCCCCAGCCUGGGUGGCGUGAGGGCCGAAGCGUGUCCAGCCAGCCCGCCCCGGACACACAGGCCUCUGACCUUGUUCUCAUGUCAGGCUGAGGGCUCCGAACUCUCUGGGCUCAGGCCCCCUCAGCCCCCUCCCGAACAGACAUCCCGUCCAGGGGUGUCUGCUGAGCGUCUUAGCCAACCCAGCGCCGUGCAUGACAAGAGGUAGUUUUAUGAUCUGACUCCUGACCGUCAGUGGAGGAGGAGCCGUGGGGCCUGGCGUCUGCCGUCCCCCCGCCCCCCGCCCCGGCUCCCUCACUGCAUCUCACCAGUGGCCAGUGGGGCCACGCUCUCGUGGUUCCAGAAGCAGCGGCCCCGCGCUCCCCUCUGGGCGAGGCCCUCCGGGGCCCCCAGCCGGGCCCUGCCCGGACGAUGCCGCCCCUGCGCGCCUGUUGCAGCCCCAGCCCGGUCAUCCGCCACUCGGGUCAUCACGCUGCUCCUGACCGUUCGCUUGCCCCAUCGUGGCUCAGCGACUGCCGUGGCGAGACGUGGCCCCACCCCCACUGGCAGCAGGCACAGGGCCUUCCUGUCUGUCCCCCUGCCCCGCCCCACCCCCCCAACACGUGUUCUUUUGUGUGAUCAGGUAUAGGUUUCAGAAUAUAAGAUACGACUGUAUAUAGUUGUAAUAAAUACGAGUUGCCACUAUUUAAUUCCUGCCUGUGGCUCCCUGUCUGCGCUCAGCACCCCGAGCCCCCGGGGUGGAUCUCUGCCGAGGCUGUGCCAGGUGGGCCCCGAGGAGGGGACUUGGGGGCGGGGCCUGGGCAGCCCCGCGGUGGGCCUGAGGGGGGGCAGCCCCUGCCUCCCUCGUCCAGUCCCUCCCCCAAGGCAGGUGUCACAGCUGCUCACCCACAGCUGGAGGGUUUUGUCCUUGGUCCCGAGCGGGUGCAGGAGGGCGACAGUCUGGUCCGGGAGGAGAAGGGACCUCACGUUACUGUAUAUAGACCUGGUGUGGAGUGUGAUGAGCUCUCCUUCCUUAAAUGGAUGCAUGUGCUCCCAGGAGAGUAUGUCUCGUUCCCUCUUCCUCCCCCAUCUCCUCUCCCUCUCACCCUCCCUGUCUCCCUUUAACCUUCACACAGCAUUUAGCUAAACCCAGAAAAAGAGCAGGAGACGCUCCUCUCCGGGAGCACUCCUCUCCCUCGAGCCUCCCGUGCUGCGGCCGUGCGUGCAGGGGUCAGAGGGCCUGGUCCCGUCCGGUGCCUCGUGUACACAUGGGCUUUGGAGACAAAGUGCAGGGACCUCGGCCGCCGAGGAGGAGGAGGUGGUGGAGGUGGAGCUGCAGCGGGUAUGUACCCUCCGGGGAGGCCCGCGGCCUCCUGACCACAGUGCCGGCCUCCCACCCGCCCGGCCCUGGGGAGGAAAAAAGUCACUGGCCAAGGGUGAGAGACUUGGCAUGGGGGCUGUUUUGUCUCGGAAAACAUUUCCCCUCCUGCCAGGCCCCUUUUGCAGGCUCCUGCAGCGAACUCCUUCCUGACUCUCAGGCGGGGGGUGCCCUCGCCCUGAUCCUCUGAGAGUCCGGCCUUCCGGCCUGGUUUCCCAGGUUUUGUCUUUGUUGCUUAUGACCUCACAUGAUGUCCUGGCUCGUGCUCCUUAGGGACAAGCAGAGAGCCUGUUGAGUCACCUCUGCCUCUUACCGUCCCUGAAGAAGCCAGGGUUCUCCAUCCCCAGGGGCUCCCAGCCUGCGCUGGACCAGGGGCCAGGUGUGCAGGGGCCAGGCGGGCAGACCUGGGGCGAGGGGCCGAGAGAGGGCGGUGGCUCAUCCAGGAACACCCCCGGGCCUUGGGGGAUGGAGACAGGGAUUCCGCCCUCUGACUUCCUCAGGGAAUGGAAACCCCGGUCCCCCGUGGGCUCUCUUGGGGUCUCCCCUUCUACUUGGCGACUGUUUCUCACGGCCUCUGACUUUGCCGAGGUCCCUCCUGCAAUGGGACAAGGUGGGGGACCAGAGAACAGAUAGCCUGGGACAGAGACGCAGCCAGGGCUGCUGGCAUGGGGGCAGCAGGGCCGUGAGGGCCAUGACUUCCCCAGCCGGGGGGGUCGGUGGUCUCGCAGGUCCCUGGACUCACUGCGGGAGAAAUGGACGGAAACCGGGGCCCGGGGCCUUUUGCCCUGCGGGUCCUGAGCGCCAAUUUCAGCUUUUGAGGACAGAGAAUCUGGCGUGAUUUCAGGGAGGAAAAAACCCCUCCCCAAAACGGCGUGAGUGCUGCCUAAUAAAGGCAGCUGCUGGACGGAGGGAAAACAGCCCUUUGAAAAAAAAAAAGCCUUUCAUUAGAAAAAUAAUGCAUUUCAUCCAAAUAAGGUAAAAAUAUUUGGAAUGGGGCAGAAGUGAGCAGCAGGCAGCGCCUGUCAGGCCCUUUCUGGAAGGGAGAAGAUUAUUAAACUCAAUUACAAAGUAUUUUUGUAAAGUGUCUUUUAAGAAAGAACUUGCCCCAGUGCUUGGAGGCUGCAGGACGGCCCUCUGGCCCCUGAGGUCUCCCCAGCUGCCCCGGGUGGUGCGUGGGCUCUGCCUUGGGCAGGGUCCUCCCUUGGGCAGCCCUAGCUGCCCUGCUCUGUGCGACACCCUCCGAGCGGAGUGGAGAGGCGGCUGCUACGUGUGCCCGGCCUGGUCGGCCUCCUUCUGCGAGGGCCGGGCAGUCGGUGUCCUGGGACAUCCUGGCGGGGAAGGGGAGCAUUCCGGGUGAGGGGAAAGGGAUGCUGAGUUUGUAAAUGUUCUCUGUUUUUCACACCGUGGAAGUACAUAUCAGAUGUUUUAAAAUCCAGUCAAUGUCGAAGGGACUAGAGAGAACAAAAUCCCUCUUCCGCCUCCACUUGGUUUCACAGGUGUGCGCAUGUAGUCUCUCUCUCUCUCUCUCUGUGUCUUUGUCUCUGUCUCUCUUUUAAUAAA